CCAGCCAGGCCGUCAGUCAGAAGGGAUUCCUGGCCGCGGUCCAGGUCGGCGCACUAAGACAAGCUCGGCGGCUCCCGCCUGACUGACGCCGGCUGGGGCUGCUCUUGCGCUUUGCCGUCGCUCUGGGUUGCUGCAGCCGCGUCCCUGUUAAUAAAGGGGGAAAAAGGCACACACCAAACAAGCCCCGAGUGAGCAACGCGCUCCGGAGGAGUCGGGGCAGCAGCAGCAGCAGGGAGGACGACGGGGCAGCCGGCCCCAGGGGCAGACUUUUCAACAGUUUGAAGACAAUUGAGAUGAAGUACUUUGAACAACUCCUAAGAUAAUGUGUGGAGGAUCCUGACUUCGAAGGCAGCUGCCCAUCCCACAUUUUUAUCCAAGCCUUGUUGUGAGAGGAGAAAGAAAGAGAACUACCUGGGCCUCUCUUUGCAGCUUUGUACAUAUCUUCUCCAAUUCAUAUGCACUCCAGCACCCCUAUUAGUUCUUUGUUCUCCUUCACUAGCCCAGCAGUAAAGAGACUGCUAGGCUGGAAGCAAGGAGAUGAAGAGGAGAAGUGGGCAGAAAAAGCUGUUGACUCCUUAGUAAAAAAGCUGAAGAAAAAGAAAGGUGCCAUGGAGGAGCUGGAAAGGGCACUGAGCUGUCCAGGACAGCCCAGUAAAUGCGUCACAAUCCCACGCUCUUUGGAUGGGAGAUUGCAGGUAUCUCAUCGCAAAGGUCUGCCGCAUGUCAUUUACUGCAGAGUGUGGCGCUGGCCCGAUUUGCAGUCCCACCAUGAAUUGAAACCAUUGGAAUGUUGCGAGUUCCCUUUUGGCUCCAAGCAGAAAGAAGUGUGCAUUAAUCCUUACCAUUAUCGGCGAGUAGAAACCCCAGUAUUGCCUCCAGUGCUGGUUCCAAGGCAUAGCGAGUUUAAUCCACAUCUCAGCCUCCUUGCCAAAUUCCGAAACACAUCCCUUCACAAUGAGCCUCUGAUGCCUCACAAUGCAACCUAUCCUGAUUCUUUCCAGCAUCCUCCCUGCAUUCCUUUUCCAGCAUCGCCUAAUAUGUUCCCUCAGUCACCCAGCAACGCAAGUUAUCCUGACUCUCCAGGAAGCUCUUCUGCACCAGGAAGUCCUUAUCAAGUCACAGUUGAAACACCUCCUCCACCUUAUCAUGCAAGAGAAAUAUCAGGAAACCACAGUGGACGUCCUAUACAUCCACCCCCAGCAGACAGUCAGUUAGUGCUGUCUUUGCCCAAUGGAGACUUCCGACCUGUUUGUUACGAAGAGCCUCAGCACUGGUGUUCAGUAGCCUAUUAUGAACUCAAUAAUCGAGUAGGGGAGACUUUCCAGGCCUCUUCUCGAAGUUUACUUAUAGAUGGCUUUACAGAUCCUUCAAACAAUAAGAACAGGUUCUGCCUUGGACUGUUGUCUAAUGUGAACAGGAAUUCUACUAUAGAAAACACCAGGAGACAUAUUGGAAAGGGUGUUCACCUCUAUUACGUUGGAGGAGAGGUAUAUGCCGAGUGUGUGAGCGACAGCAGCAUUUUUGUGCAGAGCCGCAACUGUAACUAUCAGCAUGGCUUCCACCCAGCUACUGUCUGCAAGAUCCCCAGUGGCUGUAGCCUGAAGAUUUUCAACAACCAACUCUUUGCCCAGUUGCUCGCCCAGUCAGUUAAUCACGGAUUUGAGGUGGUGUAUGAGCUAACCAAGAUGUGUACCAUCCGGAUGAGCUUUGUUAAAGGCUGGGGAGCUGAAUACCACCGGCAGGAUGUUACAAGUACUCCGUGCUGGAUUGAGAUCCAUCUCCAUGGACCAUUGCAAUGGCUAGAUAAAGUUCUGACGCAAAUGGGUUCUCCACACAACCCAAUCUCCUCCGUUUCAUAAGAAUCAUCUCUGUAGCCUACCUAUGGGAUGAACACUGUUGCAGGCAAUGGCCGGUAGAAUUCUCCCAUUGCUGCAAACCAGAAUUUCUGUAUGUAGCUGUAAAUAUAUGAACAUGUACAUACAUAGUCUAUUAUUGGAAGGGUGAUGUUGGUGAAUGUUUUAUGGUCCUUUUUGUGAUUAUAAUCAUGGUGCCAGUCUGAUCAGUUGUUUUGCUAUCUGUGGGGAAAAAAGUUACAGAAAUUUGGGGUCAACAGGCAUGUUUUCAGUUUGAAUAAGGCCAGUGUUUAUGUAUAUUGCUUUUUUAAAAAUGAAAACUGCACCAAGAGAAGCAAACUCCUUAACUUACAUAGAUUUUGCACAUCUAGCAAAAUGGCAUGUAACAUUUCCAUGCUAAAUCCAGACCAAGUUUCAUCUUGUCCACAUUAUGUUUAUAACCAUUGCCAGUCAGAUGUGGAAGUCUGUAUAGCUUUGGCCACAUUUUUGUUUUGGUCAUAAAUAUCUGGUAAUCAAGGCAUGGAGCCUCCAGUCAUGAAGAAUCCAUUUAACUGUUAUGGCUAUUAGCACUGAUAGGCCCAUACUCCAUGAAUUUGUCCAGUGUGUUCUUUAUUUUGUGCUAUUCGUUUCCCCUCUUUCAAUCAUGUGAAGAGGCAAAGCUAUGCCUAGAAGUGAAAUUUGCUGAUUCACUUCCUUCAAAGCAUUUUGACGCAGUAGCCACAUCAUUUCAAGUCUGUAUUUGGAAUAUAGGAGGUUUAUAAAUUUGCCUAAAAAUGAAAUCUGAGAUUGGAGAUACAGACUGAAUUAAACCAUCUGGUUGCCUUUAAAAAUGGCAUUCACUUAUGUAGGUAUCCCUCUCUUAUUUUAACCUAAUAAUAUAGGGACUUGGCUUCUACCUAAGAUCCUACUUAUCCUUCUCUGUACUGAGGACAAAUUUGGCCAUGUCUUCAUAUCCUAGGCAUUGCAUUUUUCCCACCAGUGCCAUCCAGAAGGGUAGGGGUACCUACACAGCCACUGCUGAAAGCAAGGACUGCUUUUUAAGUUCCUUUCUUGAUAACAUCAGAAUUACCCACAUCCUGAUGUCAAAGCAGGGUACAUUUCCUCACUUCUGUCCACACUGUUUGCUGGUGAACUGGAUGGAAUGGGCUAAGAUGUCCCAUCCCGAGAUAUCAAGAGAUGGUUAGUUUGCACCAGGUAAUAUGAACACGCAGCUGCUGUUUUUGGCUACAACUGAUUGUUUAUUUACUGCAAUAUUCCAUUCUGAGAUUCUUCGGGCGAUGAAUUUUGCACAUAGUAUUUAAUUCUGCACCUGUACCAUGUGACUGUGCAAAAUUCACACCCUUGAAUAAGGCUUAAUGUGCUAAACUAGUUACACUGACAAAAAACCUACUAUUUCCUAUAAAUGUAUUAUCCUUCCUUGUUAAUAAACUGGAUGAUUGAUAAGCAUUGUGGAUUAAGAAACUGACUAGUUUCCAUUUAUAGCAGUUCUUAUUUACCCUUGUGUAGAAUUCAUGUACUUGGUAGAUAUGCUGAGCUUCAGCUUUUAGCUUACUGAUGACUUGAGAUGUCAUUAUGAACAAAGAUGUACCAUCAUAGGAACAAUAUUAUUUCCCAGUUCUGAAAGGGAUAGGAGUUUUCUGCUUGCAUAACACAACAACCCACAAACAGCUGCAUAGUUAAAGCAAGGGAAAAGAUGAAGCAGGUCAUUUGACAGUUCAUUGCUACAGGGUCAUUUUAUAGGGGACUUGAGGAGUCCUGACUUUGUAGGAGUCAGAGACUUGGCUGGGAGUUCUCCAUGCAGGGACAAGUCAGAUGGCUUUCCUGCCACACUGCUAGACAUCAAUUCUGCCUCUGCAGCUAUACUCUGUGGAGCACAUUAGUUGGAGUGAGGUAACAUAAUGUGGUUUGCUUUAGCUUAGGGGUCACCAACUGGUUGUUCUUGCCCCCAAAGGGUGUGAGGAUCUAUGUGUUAGACCAGGGGUCCCCAACCAUUUUGAGCCUGUGGGCACAUUUGGAAUUCUGACGCAGUACAGUGGGUGUAGCAACAAAAUGGCUGCCACAAAAUGGUUGCUGAUUCACAGCUGAUUGCCACAGCUUAACUUCAGUGACACAGUAUAAACCUUUGUGCUGUGCUGGCAGCUGCUGCCAAAACAAAAAUUUUAAAAAUCUGCACAGCCAAUCAAAUCUUCAACGGUCAAGCAGAAACCUUGCUAAGAAGAAACCCUACCUGGCCCUACCCACUUCCUGAAAACACUUGGCAAGCGCCAUGGCACACACAGACACCCCAAUAAGGAUGUGUGUGCUAGGCCACGGCUUCUUAAAUUUGCCUUGCAGGAAAUUAUUGCUGACAUGGGCUCUAAGAAUCUUUUCUUCCUUCAAAGCAUUUUGACGCAGUAGAGACAAUAUUUUAUCAGGUCUUGAUAGGAAGGUCCUCUAUCAAAGCAUUUGGGCCAGUCCUGUUCCUUAAGCCUGUGCUUUGAUACUCUCUCUAAUGCUUACACACUGAAAGUAACCAGUUUCAUUAAACUGGUAUAUAUUAGCCAGAAUCAAAAAUAGAUCUAAUGAAAACACAGCAAAAAUCAGUAUUAACAAUUAAACCAAUGCUUAUUGAAAUAACACACCAAAUUUCACCUGGUAAGUAGAUCUGUUGCUUUUUUCUUUUUUUCUUUUAAACUAGAAAUAUCUCUAGUUAAUUCUGCAGAUGUCAAGGGUACGUUUUCAAAAGGCACUUAAACUGUGAUUCCAAAAAAUAGGAAGGGAAGUACACGCUUGUGAAGCAUUUAGCAUAUUGGGAAGCUGGAUAACCAAUGUACCAUUUAUUCACGGGAUGCUCUCUGUCAUAGGUCCCUGGCAGACCCAGGAGCAGCAAAUUCCUAGGAUGGGAAGUUCUCACCUUCAAGAAUAUAUGAUGUUAUGUGACAUCUAGAUUAAUUGCAAGGUUUCAAUCUUGUACUGGUACUGUCUCUGUCGGGGACUUGUAGAAGAUAGCAGGGUCAAAGCUUCAUACACUUUCUUGCUGGUACUCUGAAGAAGCCUGUACCAGCUUACUUGACCUUUAGUGAGUUGAAACAGGUUGUAAAGUUGUAAAGUAUGCUGUGAUGCAGCAUAUUGUAUGGUGGUUAUUAAAAGCUUACAUGCAUUCCAACCAAUCAGUCACAUUGAACUAUGCCUUCAGGGUGUAGAGAGUUUGACAGAAAUGCUGCUUGUGAUGUAUAUUUGUAUGAUAGCUCUAUAAUUUAUUAAAUAUCAAAUGUCUUCUGUUCUUGUCCAAGAACUGUCAACCAUGUCAACCGCUCCUAAGUUUAUGUGCAGAUAAGAACAGCAUGUUUAGAACCUUGCAGUUCUCCACAAUUGCCACUCAUUUUUUGAUUGUAAGAGUAAAACAGGAUCUAAAUACAAUCCCUGAGUACAUUUACAUAGCAAACCACACUUAGGUCAGUAUGUUCAUGAUAAAGUGGGACUCUGGGACAGCCUUUUUAGUCAACUACUCUCUUCCAAUCCAAAACAGGUGCAAAGAAAAAGGUUGGAAUUAGCUGAUCCCAUAUAAGUACUUUCUUCUUAGUUCCCUUCCAGAUGUUGUGAACACAGCCUGUCAGUGGAACCAUGCAAGGAAGAGUGUCCCUAGGAUGGACCUCUUCAUCAUGAAAAUUAGCAGCAUUGUCCUGGGAGCCACAAAGACUAGCGGUGGGGUUAAAGAUUUCCUCAUCUACCUCCUGCUGCUACAAUAGCAAACAAAAAGCAAGGAAUUUUAUUAAAAGCCCUUUGGGUCAGCAGGAGCAGCAUAUAAACUUGAAAAAAUACAACUGGAAGGUGUAAAUCACUGUUCUCCUAACCGACAUGUAAGUUCUCUUCAGUCUCUGUCCUAUUCCUUCUGUCAGAUAUGUCUGUAGCCCUCAUCCCCACUCCCAUGGAAAUUUCAAGGACAAGAACCUAAAGUCCUUCCAUUAGGAAAUAACAUUUUAUCCUGUCAUACAUCUUCACUUUCUCAGCCCUGUAGUGACCCUGUAGGACAGAGGGAGAACUGAUGCUUUGUACUUUAGAACACCCCAUCUCAAACAACUGUAAGCAAGCCAUUAAUUCUCCUUUAACAAUUACCCUUAAAGAAGUCUUAGAUACCCAUCUGCCUUGUGAGUUUUGGGAUGCUUCUUUAUGAUAAAUCUGCAGUUGUUAAUGUUGAUGUUCAAUUGUUUGUAUCCUCUCUGCCAGUUCCCAUUCCUUAAAUGGGAUAGAAAGUAUGAAUAAUAAUGUAAAUAAAUUCCACUAGGCAUUUGAAAUGUCAAGUUUAAAAUGGUUACCUGUAGCAAAAUAUUUUCCCGCGUAGCAGAAAAUUAAUUCGCAGAGCAACAAUAUAUUGCAUCACCAAGAUUAUUCUCAUUGCAACUAUUGAUAAUAAAAUUUAGUAUUUUGUAAUAUAUGAGUAGAUGUACUCCAGCGUACUUGGUAGGGACAAGGCUGAGUACAUACUAUAUCUACUAUUUAAUCUUGAGCAGUGUGGAGAAAUGUUUACUCUUUUAUGGUGAGUUUAAAGCAUACUAAGACCCCAGAGCCAAUCAUAUCAUCUAUGCAUGAGGCUUUGUAAGGUUCUGUUUUUGACCAAUGGUAAUCAAGUUGCAGGAAAAUAGUCAGCAAUUAGAACAAAAUGCCAUAUACACUUAACUCUGAUCAGUUUCUAAAGCUUGAAGUUCCAUGGUUUCUUGUUGCUGCUGCAAAACAUGCUCCGCACUCUGCUGAAACUUCCAUUUCUAAAGGCACCCUUAGAAAAACAUUUGUUUGUGCAAAUGGACGUUGCAGCAGAAGGGAAAUUGUGCUCCGCACACAUAUUGUCUAGCACAUAUAGACAUUGUCCAUAGGAUCUAAGACAUCUUCACCCCUCACUUCAUUUUCAGAGCAAAACUGCUACAGAAGAAUUGUUUAAAUUCUUGAGGGAGCAUUAAUACUAUGCUGCAGACAAUAAACAUAGCUGUGUAAAAUGCCAUCCUAUCUUUGACUCAAGAGAUUACAACUCAAAAUGGUUCCAACUUUAGAUCUCCAAGCCACUCUGAAUUUGGCAACAGGCGUUGAAGAAGUUGUGCAGCGUUCUACUAGCCUUGCUGUUACUAAAGUUGGCUGGCCAGUGAAUAAACUUGACAAGCCACAAUGAACAAAUUCUUUGACUAAAAUUACCCUGUUGUAACAGUGAUAAUGCAUUAUCUUUAUACUGUUAAUAAAGUUAUUCCUUAAUUAAGUGUA